AUGGCAGGUAUAAAUGAAAUGGGGAAGCCCAAGUCGAAAAGUGCUUUGGUGUGUGGCUACCCAGUUAGCAUCUUUUUUAUUGUGGUCAAUGAGUUCUGUGAGCGGUUCUCGUACUAUGGAAUGCGAGCUGUGCUGGUGCUUUACUUUAAGUACUUUCUGAGGUGGGAUGAUGACUUCGCCACCACAAUCUACCAUGCCUUUGUUGCCCUCUGCUACCUGACCCCAAUCCUGGGUGCCAUUGUGGCCGAUUCAUGGCUCGGCAAGUUCAAGACUAUCGUGUACCUGUCCAUUGUGUAUGCUUUGGGGCAGGUUGUCCUGGCGGUCAGCGCCAUCCAUGACAUCACAGACACCAACAAGGACGGCACGCCGGACAACAUGACCUUCCAUGUAGCUCUGUCCAUGGUGGGUUUGCUUCUUAUCGCUGUGGGAACAGGAGGCAUUAAACCUUGUGUUGCAGCCUUUGGUGGAGACCAGUUUGAAGACCAUCAGGAGAAGCAGAGAAGCACCUUUUUCUCCAUUUUCUACCUGUCCAUCAAUGCAGGCAGUCUGCUGUCCACUGUCAUUACACCUAUCCUCAGAGCUCAGGAGUGUGGAAUCUACAGCCAGCAGAAAUGUUACCCACUGGCCUUUGGUGUCCCUGCAGCCCUCAUGGUGGUCGCUCUGAUUGUGUUCAUUGUGGGUAGUGGAAUGUACAGUAAGACCGCUCCUCAGGGAAACAUCAUGUUAAAAGUCUGCAAAUGCAUCGGGUUUGCUAUCAGUAACCGCUUCAGGCAUCGUCAUCCAGCAUACCCGAAAAGAGAACACUGGAUGGACUGGGCUGAAGAAAAAUAUGAUAAACUUCUGAUUGCCCAGGUGAAGAUGGUGGUUAAGGUGCUUUUCCUCUACAUCCCUCUACCAAUGUUCUGGGCUCUCUUUGACCAGCAGGGAUCAAGAUGGACCCUCCAAGCGACCAUCAUGAAUGGUGACUUUGGAAUCCUUGUUAUCCAGCCUGACCAGAUGCAGACGGUCAACCCCAUCUUGAUUCUGGUUUUGGUGCCAGUUGUGGACAACGUGCUCUACCCACUCAUCUCCAAGUGCAAGUUAAACUUCACUCCUUUGAAGAGGAUGACCGUGGGGAUGUUCUUCGCCGCUUUGGCGUUUGUUGCUGCAGGCCUCGUUCAGAUCCAGAUCGAUCAAACCCUGCCCACCUUUCCAGUGAGUACUGUGAGCCAAGCGAAGUUCCUCAACAUGCUGAACAAGUCAUUAGACAUCAGGGCUGGGUCACAGUCACUUAAGUUGGAUGCUUUCACGGCCAACGUUGAGUACCUGACCUUUGAUGAGUCAUUUUCUCUGGAACUGGGCCCCAGCGCCAUUUAUCCGAUCAGUUUAAGUGAUGGGUCCCGGAAUACUUUGGUGAUCCUUCAGGAUGGGCCCCUGCCCAGGCCACUCGUGUUUGAUGACAUCAAAGCCAAGCCAGAAGAGGGUGCUAAUGCUAUAAGAUUUUUCAAUGGCCUUGGCUCUGCUUUGAAUAUAACAGUUGGUAAUCUGGACUUCGAGUCUACUAAUGCUUCAACCAUGUCAAAAUAUGUGGCAGUACCACAGGGGAAUGCAGAGUUCCUGAUCAACAACAAUACAGGAGGCCAGUGUGUCUACAACCAGCAACUUGGCUUCGGCAGCUCUUACACCUUGAUCAUCCCGCCCACUUUCACAUUUGGACCAAAUUGUGCACAGGAUAUCCGUCAGGUGAAUGACAUCAGACCAAACUCGGUCCACAUGGCUUGGCAGAUUCCUCAGUACUUCCUCAUCACAGCAGGAGAAGUGGUCUUUUCUGUUACAGGCCUGGAAUUCUCCUACUCACAGGCACCCAGCAACAUGAAAUCAGUGCUGCAGGCUGGUUGGCUGUUAACAGUCGCUGUUGGUAAUAUCAUUGUGCUGAUUGUUGCUGAGGCAGCAACACUUGAAGAUCAGUGGGCCGAGUAUAUUCUCUUUGCAUCCCUGCUGGUGGGAGUGUGCAUCAGCUUUGCCGUCAUGGCCUACUUCUACACAUACAUUGACCCAACAAAGAUCGAGGCUCAGUUCAGAGAGCUGGAGCCCAAUGAUAAGCAGAAGAAGAUGGAUGAAAAGGACUCGGUUGAGCGUUUUAAUGAAGAGAAAAGUUCUGAUUCCAGCUCAGAUGAGAAGGGAGAAUUCACUCAGACCCGAAUGUAAAAAAAAGAAACCAAAAAGAAAAAAGAGACA